AGUAACGAUGAUUAUGGAACUUAUCUUGGUAAAAAACUUAACGCAGAUGAAUGUCAAUUUAUUUAUUUAAGAGAUAAAGAUGUCAAAACAACUGAGUUAUUGAGAUGGUUAUUAUAUGGUCUUGGUUUUAUUUUUGAGCAUAGCAUACCAGAUAGAAAUGACUACAUUAUAGUUUACAAAAAUAAUAUAGAAUCAAGUAUUAAUGGUUAUGUUAAUAUAAGAUUUGAAAAAGAUAAAUCUGUUUCUGGAAUAAUUUUAUGUAAUUUUGGAAGAAACGGAACUUUUAUAUCUGAAGAUAAUUAUGUACUUAUAUCUACAAGUGGUAUGACUCCGUCAAGAUAUUUUAGAAUAAUGUAUAAAGAAAUACAACCUAGUACUAUUUAUAAUCAAAUCAUUUAA